AUGGAAACCAAUUCAACUUUAUGGAUGCCCAUGAUCUACGAACAUCGUUCGCAAAUACUCAACAGUAAAUGUAAUGAUUCGUACACGUUAGAAAAUAGCAUAACAAAUUGUUCGUCUGCCAGUUUGAUACGUAAAUAUCCAUGGCUUAAGGCAGCUCUUUUUUCUCUGCAAUCUCAAUCUUUGAUGUAUUGUGCUAUUCCAAAGGUAGCAUCAAAAACUCUUAUUUCAGUAAUAAUGUAUGUUCAUGUUCGUGAUAUUGUAACCCAUCUCAGUAAUAAUUCGACAAAUAUUAAUAUUAAGAAAACUCGACCAGAACAACUGAUCAAUAUUCCUAAACUCAUCAAUCAACUUCAAAAGAAUGAAAUUCCAAUUCCAAAAACAGAAGGAUCGAUUUCUUUUGAUUCAUUGAUGCAGACUUAUCUUCAUCUUCUUCGUUUUGAAAGUAUCAAUAGUGCGUCUCCGUCUCUAUAUUUCAAUCCGUGGAGCUUAAGUUUAAAAGAAAUAUUUCGUAGUGUGGAUCUCAAAAGUAUAUCGAAUCUAUCUGAUAUAUUUUCUCCAUCCUUCACUCGAGUUAUGUUUGUUCGACAUCCAUUUGCACGUCUAGCAUCGGCUUAUAAAGAGAGAAUCGCCAUACUAGAAACAGAUAGAAUUCAACGAGAACCUCAUUACAAUAGCAUUCGCAAGUUAAUCUGUCGUCGAUAUACACACACUCGUUGGAUUAUUGAUCCAUUACAAGAGGAUGAUCCAUGUGAAGACUUUAUUCCUUCAUUCAAGCAUUUUCUUGAAUAUAUUCUCACGGAUACAAAUACAUUUUCUGGAAUAGCUCUAAUGGACGCACAUUGGCAGCCAUACACAGUAAUUUGUCAAGUAUGUAAAUUUAAAUAUAAUUUUAUUGGUAAAUAUGAAACAUUCGACAAUGAUUUUAAUUCCUUGCUAAAACGUCUCAAUAUAUCCGAUUGGAAUAAUGAAAAGCGACGUGGCGCAUCCGGUCAUAAGACAUCGAAUUAUCAACAGUUGUUUUCAUCCUUACCAGAUAAUCUUAUCUGUCAACUUAAACGUCUCUAUAAUGAUGAUUUACAGUUUUUUAACUAUCGAAUAGAAGAUUAUGUGAAUCGAACAACGUUAACUUGCUGA